AGCGCCCUCUGAUGUUUUGGAGGAUGAAUGUAACAUAUAGGCUGUGUCUCGAAACCUAGUGAGCUGCCUACCUAGACUACAUAUUUCGCCAUUAUAUGCGCCCUUUGUUUUUGUCUAGGUAAGCGACUUGCUAGUUUUGUAUACACAACCUUUAGAGAACCGUUUCAGUUCACAUUCCAGCCACCAUUUUAUCUUACUGAUGCCUACGUCCAAACAUUAAUACAAAUCACUAUAAACAUUACUAACGUGCAUUAAUGUACAUCGGCAUACAUUAAUCAAUCAUCAUGCCGUUAUUUCGCUAUAUUUAGUGUUUAAGACGAUCCCGUGUCGUCAAUUCUUCGGCUAUGGUUUAACAAAGCCGGGAUUAGUUGAUGUCCCGGAUUGAGCUAGCUGGAUAAGUUAUAUAGCUGAAUGAUUUUCGGUUCUUCCACGCAUAUCUCGGAUUUAAAUAACCAGACUGUUGCUUAUUAACAAAAUUGCACGGCUGUGUGAGUAUUGACAAAUUAGCUCCACAGUGAUCUGAUAAUGUAUGAUGGCUAAACAGCGCGCGGUUUACUUCAGUGCUGCUGAGCUGCAACUUCUAAUGGAUGGAUAUGAAGAAGUUAGGGAUUUAAUAAAAACUAAAGGAAAUACUAUAGCGGCUGCAAAAGUACGACAAGAUGCGUGGCGAAAAAUAGCCGCUAAAUUAAAUGCGUCUAAUAUGGGACCCAAAAGGACGUGGCAGCAAGUUAAGGUGAAAUAUAAGAACGUCAUCCAAGGUGCAAAUAAGAGAAAGGCUGCAAUGAAGAGGACAGGAGGAGACCCACUCCCAACAAAAGAGGAGUACAUAGCUGAAGAGGAGAAUGAUUUGGAUGCCCCUAUCAUAGAGAGUAUAGUUGGAGGAUGCUGCUCUGAUCCAGGAGAUGUGGCGAGCUGCAGCAGUUAUGUCAAAGUGACUGAACAUGGAUUGACACUACUUCAGCCACCUACAUUAUCUGAAGAAGAGCAAGAGGAGCCUGAACCUGUGGAUGAUGUUAAGGUUCUAUACAAGAAAUAUCUACAAGCAGAGAUCUCCAACAGAAGGCAAGAAAUGGCAUACAGGGCCUUAAAAAUGCGAAAAGUACAGAAGGAGAUAGAGUUGUUGGACAGAAAGUUGGCAGUAAGUGUGACGUUCUGUUAUUGAAUAGUUCGAAUAGAUCAAUUGUUCGCCAUACAGUUUUGGCCGGUGGACAUGUCUUGUGUUUGGAAUUACAAUAUUAAGUGGACAUCUGCCUUUUUUCUUACCACAGGCUGAUCCUUGACGUGCAAUAAAGAUUUAUUUUCGUA